GUACCACUCCUUAUUUGUGCCACACUUUUUUGGUGGAACUCUCUUGUUUCGGAGUAUGCCCGCUCUUGGAAGACACAAAAUAACGGAUUUUCGCCAGUUUUGUUCCCAAAAUCUGGUUGAAAAUGCCUACCAAUGGGGCUGCAGACGAGCGGGCCGAAGAUCUACAUGACAGCUGUGACGAUAGCGAAGACGAACAAGAAAUACUGGAAGAAAGUCCGUGCGGUCGGUGGCAAAAACGAAGAGUAAAGGUCACGCAGCGAGAUGUGCCCGGUAUCGACGUGGCCUAUCUGGCCAUGGACACAGAGGAAGGCGUGGAAGUGGUCUGGAACGAAGUGCAAUUUUCGGCUCGGAGAGUCUUCAAAGAACAAGAGGAGAAGAUUCGAGUCAAGUUUGACAACCUGAUACAGCUGGAGCAUUGUAAUAUAGUCAAGUUUCACAAAUACUGGGCCGACAUCAGGACAGACGUCAAACCAAGGGUAAUCUUUAUCACUGAAUACAUGUCCUCUGGUUCGCUACGGCAGUUUCUGAAACGCAUCAAGAAAGACAAAAGGAACAUCCAGGAGAAGUCUUGGAAACGUUGGUGUACACAAAUCCUGUCAGCAUUAAGUUAUCUACACACGUGCGAUCCUCCCAUCAUCCACGGUAACCUGACAACAGACACCAUCUUUAUCCAACACAACGGUCUGAUCAAGAUCGGUUCAGUUGCGCCCGAUGCCAUCCAUAACCACGUGAAGACAUACCGGGAAGAACAGAGGAACAUGCACUAUAUCUCACCAGAGUAUGGAGAGUCGCAAGAUCUUCUGACGACGGGGGUGGAUAUCUACGCCUUUGGUAUCUGCGCCUUGGAGAUGGCAGUGCUUGAAAUCCAAACCAACGGCGACAACAAGCAUAUAUCACGAGAAGCUAUCGACAACGCAAUAGAGCAACUAGAGGACCCGCUACAGAGGGAUUUCAUCCGUAAGUGUGUCGGUCCCGUCACCACCCGCCCCUCAGCCAGAGAGCUACUAUUCCACAAGGUUCUCUUUGAGGUUCAUUCCCUCAAACUCCUAUCAGCACACUGCUACGUCCAAAACGAAACUGUAUUAGACCAUGCUGACAACACGCUGAUUGAGAGACUAUCACCAGACACAGUCAUAGCCAGUGUAGUACAUGACGGCCGGGAAGGCGUGCAAUGGAGAGUUUCCCAGGUUCCAGCCCUCGAAAUCGAGAAGUUCAUCGAAGAAGUCAAAAUCGGUGUCUAUCCCCUAACGGCGUACGCGUUACCAGAACCCCACCCAGCCAAGACGAGGCCAACGUCUCCUGAGACGGCGGAGUCAGUCAAGAGCACGACCCCAGAGCCGGUGGAGGUGGAGAGUAGGGCCAUCGUGCUGAUGCAGUGCGAUAUGAAGGAGGAGGAAGAAGGGAAACUCAAGUUGGAGUUACUACUACGAAUGGAUGAUAAGAUGAACAGGCAGCUGAGUUGUGAGAUAGGAGCAGACGACAGUCCAUGGGGCCUUGCAAAUGAACUCGUAGAAUACGGCUUCAUCAACGACUGCGACCGAACGCGAGUCGCAGCCGUGAUUGAGGAGAAACUCAACUUUCCAAACAGCCAAUCCUCCGCCAUUCCCGUCUCCGUCAGCUAGUAGCAAGACGUUCGCGCCGUCGACGUCACUUACACCCUGGGGUCGGAAGCCCGCAGGUUUAAUAUCAAUGCAAUUUGGAUCUUGUAAAAUACCAGUCUGUAUAUUGUUUUAACUUGUCGCAGUGUAGAGAGGAAUAACACGUUAAGCUUCUGUAAAACUUUUUUUGAAAUCAACUCAAAGGAAGAAGUUUAAAAGUAUUGCCUGUUUGCAAGUGAUCUGCUCUGUGAAUGUGAGUUUUUUAAUUGGCCAGUAAAGGAGCAGAUACUGAUUUUCUUUAUUUGAUGAUAUUUUGCUUAUUUUGUUCUACAAGAAAGUUACAGGUAAUUCUUGUGAACUAUAACAAAUUAGCUGUGACUAUUCAUACGAUGGAUUUUUUGCGUCGGGGUGAUGUAAAUUUAAUAUUAAAUUUUGACCUUCACCGACAUAUAGACAACUCUGGCGACGGCCAUUUUUCUGCGGUGGUGCAAGGCUCGUGCAUAGCACGCUCAGCACGCACUCCAGGUUCCUUCUACCAAUAGGAAUACCAAAAUGGGCACGCGCCUCAACGUUAAGAACGUGUGCAGUACGCGCGUCAGCAUGACACCAUCGCAGUAAAAGCUUCUAAUUCUGGUCGCCGGAUUCCUGUACUCUCUGGGGAAAACACUGAGUGAUUUUUCACACUUUCACUCGGGAGGUAACACACUGAGUAUACAGUGUUUAUACAUCGGUGAAGGGCAAAACUUAAUAUUGAAAUUAGCUGUAGUUAACCAGCUCGCGUCGGAGGACGUGAUACCAUGCACUGGCCGUUCUUAUA